AUGACUGGUAUUAAAUUUACUUUCACUUUAACUACAUCAUUUCAAUGUAUACAUUGUUUAAAAAAGUAUCAAUGUAAAAAGAAGGAUCAAGUUUCAAAUGAAGAGAGAAAAAAGAGAGAAAGAGAAUUUGAAGAAACGGGAGUUCUUCUACAAUGUUCUUUAUGUAAAUUGUUUCAUAAUCGCUGUAAGAAUAAGAAAUGCAAACAGUGUUGCAUGUUGCAUACAUGCAAUGCAAUCGAGUGUUCCAAUUGUAAGAAAUGUGGGAUCAGAUGUGAAUGGCCUUUUCCAAGAACUGAGGAAGAGUUUAACAAGUUAUGUGAGAAAUCGGGUAAUGUUUUAACAAGAUCUGUGGCAAAAUUUGAAAGAUCCA